GGAUAUUUCUCCUCCGUGCUUCUCUCUUUCUCUCUCUUGCUCUUCCUUCGGUGGUUAGAAAGAGAAGCUGGUGAGAGGGCUUUGCCCUUGAAGAUUCCUCGUCCCAAAAUCAAAACCCAAAACAGAGAUUUGCUCUCAAUCUCUGUAGGAUUGCCUACAAGGCAAGUAAACUCUUGCUCUUCAUUGCUCCAAGCAAAAUUCUCUCAGGUUUCUUUUCUAUAGUGUAAAGUUUGCCUUUUUGUGAUCUUUCAUCAGGUUCCAGCUGUUCUCAAUCAAAAUUCAUCCUGUUUCCGGAUUCUUUACUGAAAAUUCUCACAUGGGUCUUCACCAAACUUGACAAAGAUCAAUCCUAUCUGGUCUUGGAUUGAUAACCAUCCAAAUUUCUGAUGAGGGUUUGCUACAGUCCAUUGGUUUGCUCAUCAAAGUCCUCUUUUGCCCACAACUCACCUUGCCCUUUGAAAUUUGAAGAUGUUAAGCUUGUUCCUUGUAGCCCAUCUCCAGUUUCUAUUGUUUUAGAGAAGAGGUCAUUGGAUGAUAAGGUUGUCAAUAUUGAGAAGCAUAAAUUGGAUGAUGAUAAAGUUGAGGUUGUUCGAAAGAGCAGCCUGAAGAAGCCUGCUGAUCGCGGUGCGAAAAGGGGAAAGAAAGGGAAUGUGAAGUGGAUGGAUUUCGUUGGGAAAGAACUCUUUGAGAUUAGGGAAUUCGAAUCCUUGGAAUCAAGAGAACUGGACGAGAGACUUUAUAGCUAUCCAAUUUGUACUUGCACCAUCAUGUGAAAACCGAUCUCUGUAAAUAUAAGGGAAGAAAAGAAGCAGGAGUGAUCUACGUAAUGUUUUUUUUUUUUUUUUUACUUUUUAUGGUUGUAGUCUGUGUAGAUGUUGAACAAAUGUUGCGGCCAAAUUGAAGGGAGCAAAUGCCGCAGCUUCCGUGAAGGAACUUGAAAAAUAAAAAUUAAUGCCACCUCAUCAAAAAGGGGCUGUUUCGUUCAAGCAAAAAUAUGGCAUUUAGUGUGGAUUGCAAGUUUUGGGAUCAAAACAUGAGUUUUUUUUUUUUUUUGGGAUUCCAUAGUUGGUGCUUGUUUCAAAAACAUUUUUGAAAUGUUGAAUCCCAAAAGUGUAAAAUAUACCCAGUUUAUAGAAUUUGCGAAAUCAUUUCAAU